AACACACUGCAACUAAAGAUACUGAUAACUUUACGGUUUUGUCUGCGCUGCGAUCCGCCGCCGUCACACUCUCGGGGUGGGGUUUCUAGUUUAGCUGCGCGGAGAAUAGCGACUGUCUGGUAGAGUGAUGUCACAUAACGAAUAGACGAGAGACCGAACCAGUGACUGAUUGUAAUAGCUGGGGAAAGCGCACCUGUUGAAUAACAGGCUCACAACGAUAUUCCCGUUUUCCGCAUUUCUUUAGAAGCUUUUUGGCUGCGUCUUAAAAGUUCAGAAUGACGGAUACAAUACUUACCAACGGAAUCAAGGACCGAGCGGGUCAGAAUGGAUAUUUUAAAAAGGGAUGUAACCCACUAGCCCUGACAGGCCGCUCCAAGCUGCAGAAUGAGAGAGCCAGUCUCAACCAACAGAUCAUCAGACAGAUGAGGAUGAGAGCUGGGGCAGAGAACUUACUAAGGGCGACCUCCAACAACAAAGUGUGUGAUAUGGUCGUUCUGGAGCUGAGCUAUAUCAACUCUAACCUGCAGCUGCUCAUGGAACAACUGGAGGGACUCAACAGCUCCGUGGAGGUCUACCAGAACAGCCAAGAGACCUCCAGCAUCCCUCUCAUCCCGCUGGGUCUGAAGGAGACUAAAGAGAUGGACUUCUCUGUGUCAUUCAAGGACUUCAUCCUGGAGCAUUACAGUGAAGAUGGCUCCAGCUUCGAGGAGGAGAUCGCCGACCUGAUGGACCUGAGACAGGCCUGUCGUACCCCCAGUCGCAAUGACGCCGGCAUCGAGACCCUGGCCAAGUACUUCAGCCACAUACCUCUACUGGAGAGCCGCUUCUUUACCGCCACCCGCCAGAUGGGCAUCUUCUUUACUUGGUAUGACUCGUUCACAGGUGUUCCAGUGUGCCAGCAGAACGUGUCUCUGGAGAAGGCCAGUAUUCUGUUCAACAUCGGCGCCCUCUACACCCAGAUCGGCACGCGCUGCAACCGCCAGACGGGCUCCGGCCUCCAGGAUGCCAUCACAGCCUUCCAGAAAGCUGCAGGAGUCCUCCACCACCUAAAGGAGACGUUCACCCACACCCCCAGCUAUGACAUGAGUCCCUCCAUGCUCAGCAUGCUCAUCAAGAUGAUGCUGGCCCAAGCUCAGGAGUGUCUGUUUGAGAAGAUCGCUCUGUCUGGCAUCCGCAAUGAGUUCUUCUCUCUCCUCAAGAUGGCCCACGAGGCUGCCAAGGUAGGAGACACCUAUGACCAGGUUCACCAGUCUAUGAGCCAGACUCCCAUCAAGGACAACGUCCCGUUCUUCUGGUCGACCAUGGCUCAGGUCAAGACCCACCACUACCGUUCACUGGCACACUACUUCCUGGCUACUGCGCUAUUGGACCACCAGCUGAGUCCCAGUGAUGACGAGGACCAACAGGAGAAGGCUCUGUCCCAGGCGUAUGAUGCCAUGCCAGAUGGCCUCUCCCCGCUCGACAUCCUCAGGAAGAGAGAGGAGAGACAACGCAUCGGUAAGGCCCACCUGCGACGGGCUGUGAUAGGUCAUGAGGAGGGUCUGAGGAUCCAUAGUCUGUGUCGUCACCUCAGGAAGCUGGAUGUGCUCCAGGCCAUCCUCCAGGCCAGUCACAACCGUUCCCUGGCCAAGUUCAAUGACAACAACCGAGAGGACGAGUUCACAGACUACCUGGAGGCUCCAGACAUCGUCUCUAAAACAGAGCACAAGGCAGAGAUGGAAACGCCCAUGGCCACAAAGGUGAAAGUCACAGACUUUUUCCGGAGGCUGGGUCCUCUGUCAGUGUUCUCUGCUAAGCAACGGUGGACAGCUCCUCGUACCGUCAGGCUGAGACUGGAGGACAGAGACCUGGGCUUCACCCUGAGAGGAGACCCAGUACCUGUACAGGUUACCUCCCUGGACCCACUCUGCCCUGCCGCUGUCGACGGGCUGAAAGAGGGCGACUACAUUGUUGCCGUGGGAGACGAGGACUGUAAGUGGAUGGUAGUGAGCGAUGUGAUGCGGCUGUUGAAGGAUGUGGACGAGGACGGGAUCGACAUCCGCGUUGUUAGCUUGAUGGACAGCGCCCUGCCCAUGCCCACUAAGAGUGCCACGUACUGCGGAGGUAUAUCUAAGACCUACUCCAUGAUCUGCCUGGCAUUCGACGACGACAAGAGCCCCAAGGGCCGCAAGGUGACCAAGAAGGGCUCCUUCCUGUCCUGGGGCGUGAAGAACCAUCUGAAGAGCUCCAGCACCCUGAGCCUCCCUACAGCAGACUACUCUGGAACACUGCCUUGGAACAAACCCUGUCCCACCUUCCCUUCCUCCAGCCCCUACAACGACUCUGCUCUUUACUAGAGAAGGAAACAUACUGGACUGUACAGACACUCUACUGGGUUAGAGAAUACUGUGUGAAGGUCUCAAAUGGCACCCUAUUCCCUAUAUAGUGCAGUACUUUGGAGGUCUAUGGGCUCUGGUCUAAAGUAGUGCACUAUAUAGGGAAUAGGGUGCCAUAGGGCUCUGGUCUAAAGUAGUGCACUAU